AUGAUUCUUAUGGGAUUCGUGCAGAACUUUUCCGCUCUCAUGGCAGUGCGCUGGUUUCUUGGGAUGGCAGAGGCUGGUCUCCCCCCGGGUAUCAGCUAUUAUCUAUCAUGCUGGUACCGGCGCUCUGAGCUAGGCAUCCGAAUGGCUAUAUAUUUUUCAUCUGCUGCAUUGGCUGGGACUUUUGGUGGGUUACUUGCAGCGGCGGUUUCAAUGAUGGAUGCGGUGGGAGAUAGGCCUGGCUGGUCUUGGAUCUUCAUAUCAGUAGAAGGUCUUGGGACCCUGAUUCUAGGGAUCCUCUCAUUUCGAAUGGUGGUUGACUUCCCAGACAAAGCGAAUGUCCUAUCGGAAGACGAUAAACGCCGGGUACUCCGGCGAUUGGCGUUGGACUAA